CAGAACAAUGGCCACAUCGAGACGGAUUAUAUCGUCUUUUUCAACUUCCUGUACGACUCAAAACAGAAAACCUCUCGCGCUCUUCUGUGUUAAUAACAAAAGCCAGACAUAAAAAUCCCCUUCCUCUCCCAAAACCCUUUUCAAACCCUAAAUUAUUAUUUUUACCAACUCUUAUUUUUCGUUCAUUUCCGUGCUACUCCUUCACUGACCUCAGCGAGUUUUAUCAUUUUGGCCGUCCGAUCAAACGAUCAUCGUGGGGGUUGUCUUUCUAUAUAGGAUGGAUAGCCAAGGGAAAGAAUCUCUGCAUGACCAUAAUGAAACCAGUGAACAAUCAGGUGAACAGUUAGAUUCAGAAGGCGAAAAUGAAAUACAAGAAGAAGAGAUUUUGGAUCUAGAACUUCAAACAGGAGUUCACAAUCCAUUGCCAUCGGCAGUUCAAUCUCAAAAUGCAAAGGUUUUUAGUGGAGAGGCACCUGCAGUUGGGAUGGUUUUUGAUUCAGAAAAUCAAGCAUAUGAUUACUAUAAUGCAUAUGGUAGAUUUUUGGGGUUUAGCAUACGUAAAAGUAAGAUGGUAAUACGCAAGGAUAAAACAGUCACAAGGAGGGUAUUUUGUUGUUCUAAAGAAGGUUUUCGUUGCAAACAUCCGAGAGGGGAUCCAAUGAGACCGCGGCCUGUAACUCGUACUGGUUGCAAAGCACGGCUUGGCAUUCAGUUACAAGACGAUGGGAAAUAUUCCAUAAAUGAGUUUGUAGAGGAGCAUAAUCAUGUGCUUGCUCCUCCAUCUGAAGCCCAUAUGCUUAGGUCACAAAGAAAGAGCCAAGAUCCCCAGACUGGCAGUAUCGAGAGUAUUUUAUCUCUUAUUCGAGAGGAAGCUGGAGAAUCUCCCAAUGCCAACCAAGGGGACUGUAGUAAUUACGUGCAAAGAUGGUGUUACGAAACCCUCAAGAGGGCAGAGGAAGAUAAAAAGAGAAUUCGGGAAUUAUCAGCAGAGCUUCAUCGUGAAAGACGACAAUGUGCAGCAUAUCGAGAAAAGUUGCAUAUGGUUUUAAAAGACAUGGAGGACCAUACUGUUCACUUAUCAAAGCAAGUCGAGAAUGUAGUUGACAACAUGAAGGAUGUUGAAUCUCGGAGGAGUAAAAGGAAAUCCUAACCAACACAAUCCUGGCAACUUUGAGUAAUCAUUGUAAGUUGGGUCUUAGCUAGCACGAGAAAGUGAUGAGAUGUCAGGAUUUGUCUGGUGAAGCGGCGGCAAUCACCAUCAACUGACAGACAGAGCCCCAUACAUCUUAGAUCCUACAUGAGAUUCAUCCUCCGCGGAAAGGCUCAUCGGUAUGUGAUUGGAUUGAGAGAGAAUGAAUACCGAACUCCAUCCUCUUUCUCGUAUUGGUUGGAUGAAUCACGCGUUGCAGUGGAAUGGAUUGGGUCAUAAUAUACACAAGUUUUUUUCUUCCAUUGCGCCUCUUAUUCCAUUGGGUCAAACCCUUAACUAUGAUUCAUAUAUGUCAAACAUUGUCCGUAACAUAUUGGUUACUGAACUGUAAUCAUGUGAUUGUCAAAUCUUAAAUCUGUUAUCAUUUUUAGAA